AUGGCGGUGAUGGCCUUCGGCCCCGUCGCCGCCCCUAGCGGCCCCGUCGCCGCCCUUCGCGGCCCCGUCGCCGCCCUUCGCGGCCGCGUCGCCGCCCCUAGCGGCCCCGUCGCCGCCCUUCGCGGCCCAGUCGCCGCCUCUAGCGGCCCCGUCACCGCCCUUCACGGCCCCUUCAGCUGCCAAGCAGCCGAGCUGCCGCGCCGCCCAGCAGCCGAGCCGCCCAGCAACCGAGCCACCCAGCAGCCGAGCCGCCCAUCAGCCGAGCCGCCCAGCAGCCGAGCCGCCCAGCAGCCGAGCCGCCCAGCAGGCGAGCCGCCCAGCAGCCGAGCCGCCGAGGCCGCCGUCGAGCCGCCACUACCGAGCCGCUGCCGCCGAGCCGCCGUCGAGCCGCUACUAUUCCUACCGGCGCGCACCGGCCCUACCCACCCGGACUGGGCAAACGGACUCUCCCUGUUCGAUCUCACCUCUGGUGCCUCUCCUGCCCCGCCUGCUGAUGCUGACAGCACUGUUCGCUCACAGUGGGCCACACGCGAUGCUGCUGCCCGUCUUGCUGUACGUCACCACUUACCGACCGCUGAGCGUGCGCACUUUAGUCAGUACAAGAGUGCUAAGACCUUGCACGACGCUGCAGUUGCACGCUACUCUUCCCCUGCCACUACUGCUCUUAGUCGCCUCAUACUGCCGUACGUGUUUCCUGACCUCGCCACCUUUCCCACUGUCGCUGACCUCGAUACGCACCUUCGCACUAGUGACACCCGCUACCGCGCUGCGCUUCCUGCUGAGUUCUGCACCAAGAACCCCCCCCCCCCAUGUACAUCACCCUCUACUACAUAG